ACUAUCUAAGCAGUUUGUGAGGAUCACCAUUGUCCACAGCUCAGCAUUAGUUGUGAUUAAUUCUGUAAUCGGCUGGAUUUACUUUGCGGCCUGGUCUGUGUCUUUUUAUCCUCAGGUUUAUGAAAACUGGAGACGGAAAAGUGUGGUGGGGCUGAACUUUGAUUUCCUGCUAUACAACUUCACUGGAUUUCUGGUGUAUGGCUUUUUCAAUGUUGGAAUGUAUUGGGUUGACAGUGUUAAGUGACACCGUCUCAAAGAAUGUUACGUUGGGCUUUACCUACCAAACAGGCAAUGACAUCAGCUCUGUAGAGACUGGUCACUACAUCAUUCCUAUCCCUGAAGUGGUCAUCUUAGCCAACCAGACAAGGACAGUGUCCAUAAAUAUCACAAGCACUGGAGUGGGACAUUUCCUCCUCGGAAUCAACUCGUCAUCCGACGUGUUUGCAAGACUAUCUAAGCAGUUUGUGAGGAUCACCAUUGUCCACAGCUCAGCAUUAGUUGUGAUUAAUUCUGUAAUCGGCUGGAUUUACUUUGCGGCCUGGUCUGUGUCUUUUUAUCCUCAGGUUUAUGAAAACUGGAGACGGAAAAGUGUGGUGGGGCUGAACUUUGAUUUCCUGCUAUACAACUUCACUGGAUUUCUGGUGUAUGGCUUUUUCAAUGUUGGAAUGUAUUGGGUUGACAGUGUUAAGGAUGAAUACAAAUCAAAACAUCCAAGGGGAAUAAAUCCAGUGCAACUGAACGAUGUCAUUUUCACUCUACAUGCCGUGUUUGUGACAACUCUCACCAUAUUUCAGUGCUUUAUUUAUGAUCGUGGCGGCCAGAAGAUUUCCAAGAUUUGUAUAGCAUUGGUCAGUGUAGCAUGGCUGUUUAUGAUUGUGACGUUUUUUAUUGUGACAUUUGGAGACAACAUUAUAACAUGGCUGCAGUACUUGUACUAUUUCUCGUAUGUCAAGCUGGGGGUCACCAUCAUCAAAUACAUUCCUCAGGCUUUGAUGAACUGUAAGAGAAAGAGUACGUUGGGUUGGAGUAUCGGGAAUGUCCUGCUGGACUUUACAGGAGGUAGCUUCAGUCUCCUACAGAUGUUCCUGCUGGCCUAUAACAAUGAUGAUUGGUCAUCUAUAUUUGGAGAUCCCACCAAGUUUGGAUUGGGUGCUUUCUCCAUCAUGUUCGACAUCCUGUUCAUGGUUCAGCACUACUGUUUGUUCAGAGGCAAGAACCCUUAUGACAGCUUGAACAACUAUGAAGAGGUGAUCACUCCCCUCACCAGAUAGAUGUCUAGACAAGGAGAGUGGAGUUAAAAUACUCAGGGCAGUUUAGGUUUUCUGAUUUUCAAAAGGAGAGAACUUUUAAAUGGAAAUCUGUCUGAUUCGGUGCAAUAUAAACUCAACUUGGUGGAUCUCGACCACAAUUUUGAUUGUUGAUAGGGAAGGUUGAAUUCCUGAGAAUGGAGUGAAAUUUGUAUCAUCUGUUUAUAAAAGUGUUAUUUGAGAUAAUACUGUGAGUGUGUGUGUGAAAAUUUUGUUAUUGAUUGUAUAUCGGUAACGGAUGAAAGAAACCCUCUUUUCUGUGAUAUCAGUACUUGGAAUUUGUUUUAUAGUCUGUUGUCACGUUUACAUAUAUUUGUGAAGAAUAAAUGUGUUGUGUUUAUACACCUAAA